GAAGAAGAAGAAGAAGAAGAGUAGUUUGGACAUACCAGGGACGUAAGACGGCAGUGUGGUAUUUUAAUCGGCGUUAAUGCCUUCAUUUUCACGUUAGUAAUAAUGAUUAUAUCGUGUGAAAAUCUACGCUCGGUUGUCUAAGGGAACUUUGAAGCUUUCCCGGGCUAGCUUCCUUUGCUAGUUAGCUUAGCUUGCUAGCUCUGUGAUGUCGACGAUGAAACCGAAAUGGGCGAAAAUGUUCAGUUGUCUGCUUUUUUAACCAGAACAAGUCACGACACAACUUUCGGCCUCAUCUGAAAAAGUAAGAAGUGCCUGGCUAGCUUUUGUGGCAAUGUGCUUUAAACUGUGAAGAAGUAUCCCCUCCUGUGUGCAAACCACUUCGAAGACUCCUGCUUCUCCAACCUGCGCCAAUAUAAAUAUGGAUUUUCCGAUGGUAAUGGAGGAGACAAUGAAACGAGAGAUACAACCAGCCAGCAGACUUUUACUGACACAGGCUGCCAGACACAAUCACCAAAGACCUGCUCAGUUGGGACACAGCUUGCCAUAAAGACUCUCCAAGCGCAUGUCAGAAGUAAAGACGUCUGUGAAGAACAUCUUCUACCUGAGCAACAGGAGUGGAGCUUUAGGAUGGAGCAGGAAGAGCCACAACCAUACCACUUCAAAGAGGAAGACCAGGCCCCGCAGACCCCUCACCUUAAAAAGGAAGCGGGGGACCCAUUGAACCUCUACUUUAAAGAGGAAGAUGAGGCACACGGCAUCAGUCAGGAGGGAGAGCAUCUUGAAGGACUGGAGGAGGUUGCUGUCACCAAGAUGCCAUUGACUGGUGUGAUUGUGAAGAGUGAAGAUGAUGAGGUCAAAGGUGAAAGUGAGGACAAGAGAGAGGUGGAGUCUCCAAGCAGCAGCUCAACUCAACACAUGACAACAGAAGCUGAUGGAGACCACUGUGGAGGAUCACAAGCAGACAAGCUCUUAGCUCCACUAUCAGAUAGUGACGACACAACGUCACACUCUCCUGACACUGAUGAUGACGACUCUAAAGCUGAUAAGACAUGUCACACUGACAACACACGCUUUAAAUGUUCUCACUGUGACAAAACUUAUGAUUACCGUUGUCAUCUGAAAAAACACAUGAGAACACACACUGGAGAAAAACCUUUUUCCUGCUCAAUCUGCGGUAAAAAUUUUACUCACAGCCAUCAUUUGAAAAUACACCAGAGAAUACACACUGGAGAAAAACCUUUUUCCUGCUCCGAAUGCGGUAAAAGUUUUGCACGAAAAAGUUGUAUGAAACAACACAUGAGAAUACACACUGGAGAAAAACCUUUUUCCUGCUCAGAAUGCGGUAAAGGUUUCGCACUACAAAGUGGUUUGAAACAACACAUGCAAACGCACAAUGGAGAAAAAACAUUUUCUUGUUCAUUCUGCGGUAAAGAUUUUUUGCGACGACAGUAUUUUAAAAUACACAUGAAAAUACACGCUGGAGAAAAAUCAUUUACCUGUUCAAUCUGCGGUAAAACGUUUGUAGAAAGACAGAAUUUAAAAGUACACAUGAGAACACACACAGGUGAGAAAGUGUUGAGUUGCAGUGUGUGUGAUGAAAGAUUCUCUUAUAAGUACCAGUGUAAGAAACACAAGUGUGCUGGUGAGAACAGCAGCAGCAAAUGAAGCUGCAGGGUUUUAAAUCAACUGCCAGAACUUUUAUAACUUUUACAUUCUAGCAACAUCAGCACAUAUAACAUGUGUGACAUUAUUGUUGUGUGUAACACAAUCUUGUAAAUAUGCUUCUUACAUGUUUAGAUGCAUUAAGUAUAGUGCUUUUUCAGUCAAGUACAUGCAUUAAUAUACAACACAGUGUUUCCCAUAAACUGCAAAGAUACCUGUGGCGGUGGGGGCGUGGCUAUGGGCAUGGUCGCAUGACAUAAUCGAGUAAUUUGCAUAAUUUACUACAAUGAUAUGAUUUUCUCUAAAAAGGCUCAAAAAAUGUAUACUUACUAAUUAAUAAUAACAGUUUUGUUUUAAACGUCCAUCCAUCCAUCCAUUUUACAAUAUAAUUACAACACUUUAUGUACAUAUUUAUAUACAGAUUUGAACAAUAAGUUAUUCACUGAAAUAUAUUUAUUAAUUGUGGUUCUUACAAAAAAUAUAUCUUAUAAAAUAUAAAAGCUAAAAUGUCUCUUAAAGCUCUGCCCCUUUAAUUAGUGCAUACUAAAUAAUUUAACUUUAGCCUACUACUACAACCAUAUUAUUUACCAGCAACAUAAAGUGAAACAGAGGCAGAGGUGUCCUGCCACAGUCAGUAACAAAUAAACAGAAAACAGUAGUGGUCAAAUACAAAUAAGGCAACAAGCGAAGUAUCCUACACUUCUCUUUUGUAAAGUAAAUCUGAACAGCCUAUAUGGGCAUCUACAUCAACUAUAUGAUUUGCCUGAGAAGCUGGACAGGACAAAAAAUAUAUAUAUUUUUUAAUUUGUGGCGGACAUAAUUCUUUCGUGGCGGGCCGCCACAAAUAAAUGAAUGUGUGGGAAACACUGCAACAUUGUGGACUUUUAUUUAAAAAUUACCACAAUUUUGACUGAAAAGGUGAGAGUAAACAGUACAAAAUAUGCAUGUUACAUACAAUAAACAUUUAAUGUGUAAGAGCAGGACAGAACAUUAAAGCUUUUUGUUGGCAGCACAACUACAGAGGGUUGAAACAACUUGCUCAUUCAUUUAAUAUGUCUGUAACAUUACCUUUGACAGGCGUUAGGUGUCAUCUGGCCGCGCUACACUCAGGACAAGUCGCCACUUCUUAAAAAAAUAAAAAAAACAAGUCUGUAGUUUAUUGUAAAGCAACGGUGUGACUUUUUGUUUCACACAAAUCACUGUCGUACUGUGCUCCAGUGUGCACCCAUUCGGCGGCUGCAUUGACUUGUAUUAUGAUGCAUUUAAGUUCUAAUAAUGACCUUCGUCAGAUUACUAAGGCCGGUUAUGUCAUCAUGAUGUGUUCAAUGUGGUCAUAGUGGGACAUUUGAAUGAUUGAAACACAAAAAGUAAAUUACUCAAAUAUUUGUUGUUUGUUUUUAUAGCAGUAUAAAUAAGAGACCGUAAUAGCUGACAACAACAAAGUAAAAAAGACUUUAAAAUUUGGGAUAGUUUUACCUGUGACUGUUGCAGGUGCAGAAAGGGUGUUUAGCAGACUGAAACUAAGAAAUAUCUCAGAUUAACAACAAGCCAAGAGGCUAAAUAGCCUUGCAAGACAUACAAUUGCGAGUCAGCUAAACCGACAAUUGGACUUUCAAUUCAAUUUAUUGUCAUUGUCACCAAGAGCAACGGAAUUAAGUUAAGAGCAUUAACACUUCAUACAUUGAUGUAAAGUGCCGCAUGUUCCUGAACCCCAAAAUCCCCAUAAAUAACCGAGUGUAAACAUUUAACAGAUUAACAAUGGAGCAUUACAUGGAGAUGGUGACGAGAGUGCAGCAAUGCAAAGUUCAGAGCUAUUCUUGGUGAAUGUGGUUGUUGUCCAUGAGUGGGGGUCAAGUGGGAAAAGGGAGACCUCAUCAGCAAAUUUGCUAAAAAAAAAAAAAAAAAAAAAGGCAGACGUUGGGCUUUCUGAUGAGACCUUUAGUGAACAAACAAGCCAAAUUAAACUUUAAUUGAGAUUAUUUUAGCUUUUUCUUGUUUUUCAUAUUUCUUUUAUAACAACAUAUUGCCUGUGCUCUUUGUUUUACUUGCACAUUUAACUUAAAUGCAACAUAUUUACCUGUGGACUACUUUGAGAAAAACAAAUCAGUGCUUGAUUGUUAAAUACAAUAAACU